AUGCCGGCGCUGUCUGAGCGGGACCUGUUGAGUGUGGAGAAGUUCUCCAAUGCCAUGAAGGCGGCGCUGGAGCUGAGAAGUCGGCAGGCAAAGUUGCGGCACACCGACGCACAGGCCACCCCAUCCCCAUCCACCGCCGUGCCAGGCGAUGCAGCGGAGUUAUUGGCAGAAGGGCGUCUUUGGGCAGAGGCUGCCGUGGUGUUUUGGCGUCUCGCCAGUCGCCAGCAGAUGCACCUGUUGUCCUAUGCAACCACCGACGCCGCCCGCGACCUCUGUGGCCUCUGUGACGGAUUGCUGGACCACAUCCGCACCACAUUUGAGAGCCUUGGGCCCAGUGCCACGCCUCUGCAGGUUGUAGAGUCUGCCGCCUCCUUCGCCACCGAACACAUUUUCUUUUUUUUGAGUGCCUUUUGCUUGCCAAAAAGCUGCAUCAACAUGGCGGGUGGUGAGGAGAGGCUUGGGAGGGAGGUUCACGGUCAUGUGUGCAAGGUGCUUGCGGAGCAGGAUCACCUGCGGUGGAUGACGCGUUUGUUUCGUGCCUUUUGUGAUGAGUCAUGGCGGAUGUAUUCGGAAAGGGGCAGCAUUGCAGGGGCCGCCGUCUCGGCCACGCAUGACGUGCUGCGAUGUCUUUCGCACUGUUGCGCCGUAAGUGAGGCGUGUGCGCAGGUGCUCAUUUACACCGAGCCCAGACCGCUCGUGGCGCAGUUGCUGUACGGUCUGCGUCUGCGCAUCUCCAACAACGCCCUUAUUCGCCCCCUCGUCAGCGACGGCUCCGCGUGGGAGGGCGGGGGCCGGCCACCGACCCCCUUGCCCCCUUCGGGCCUGCGUGUGCCCACCCGCAAGGCGGAACUCGCAGAGUACCUGGCCGCUGGGCGGAAGAAUGCGUAUGACGCGUUAAGUAGGGAGGCCCUCAAUGCCGCGGUGGCCGCUGUGAAGAAGGCUGCGGCGCAUGACACACCUGACGUUGUCGUGGCCCUAUGCCACAUCAUAGAGGUUAGCUCGCGUAGCAUCGUGCCGCCACAGAAGGAAGAAGAAAAGCUGCCAAUGGGUCUGCAGAUUGCCAUGUAUGAAAAUGUGAUGAUGGCGUGGGAUGCACUUUGCCAACUGAUAAUAACAAAGGACGACGACCCAUUACGUCACGACAUCGUUGUUCGUCAAGAGGCCGUUCUGCAGCAGCUUCUUAAUUACGACCUGGCAGGGUGUGUACGACGUCUGCUGCAGCAUUGCCCAGACAUUGUGGACUGCGAUCGAACACUCUUUGAGACGAUAGCAAUGUUUUGUACCCCUCCCUCUACAAGUAGCAAGAGGCGCCGCCCAUCAACACAGGUGACACGCAUAGAGCACUCCGCACACCGCAUUACUGGGAGCAUUGAUUCCUUAACUGGAAGCAUGUGCAGCCGAAGUGAGUCAGGGUGUUCCCUCACCAGCAGCAUCCAUCUGCCACGACCAACUCCGCCUGAAGCCGCGGCGACCCGCCUGUCGAGUCGUGCUCGACCGCUGUGGCCGGGCUUUUGGCCUGCUGCGUCUCCUACUGCUGCUGGUGGCAGCCAGUUUGCCUAUGCGCACGUCACUUCGUGCCCGGCGGCGUUGGAGAGGGAUCCCAGCGGUUCGCCGCAACUACGGGUACCCGGCGAUGCGGUUUUUGAUUAUACGUCAUCGCCGGUUUUUUUGCCGGCGUAUGUUGAUGGGGAGGAAUGGUGGUACAACAACAAGCUGUACGUGGAUCUUGUACACAGUCUGACUCAAGUGCUGAACGAGGCCUUUACAAACGUCACCACGCCGCUCUCACUCCGUCUGUUCCUUUGCACUCUGCUCGCGCAGAUCAGUAUGCGUAGCUCCAGUGCUUUUGCGGCGUCCGAGGGACGACUGGUGCUGCGCUCAUUUCUUAGGACAUUACGUGCAUGCGGCCAGCGUCCACGGAUGGCAUCUCCAGCAGCCUAUAGCUCGCCAUGCGGGGGGGAGGAGCAGAGUGUUUCACGCAGGAUGAGUCCCGCUACGCAUGGAAAGGAGGGUGGAAAAGGUCCUCAUGAACCAAUGGACGAGGAUACGAUGUGUGCCCUGCUGGCCCACAGAAUUGUUGCGGCCAUCUGGCACGUUUACCAGGUUUUGCACUUGCUACCACUGUCAGGCGAGAUGGUGGACAUUAUCGAGCUGCCUCUACUGCCCUUGCGUUGGGGAGGGGAGGCGGAGCCAGCGGAGGUGGAGGAGGGGGCGACAAGAACGGCUUGUGGGGACCGCAAAGCAUUCACAGGCCUUUUUGCCCCGCUAGUGCGAGUGUGGUACACGGGCCUCCUGAGCAACGAUGAUGAGGACUUUAACAAGCGCUCACAGGAGGUAUUGAUGGAGGUGUUUCUGGGCCUGCUUAAAGUGGGCGGGGCGGCGCUGACGGCGUCGGAGGUUCCAGGCGUCUCCGCGGCGGCCCCGGCUUCUUCCACGCCGAGUGCAACACCCACGUGGGUGGCGUCGCGCUCGACGGAGAGCAGUUUUGCCUCCUUGGAGGUGGAGGCUCCGGCGGUGGAGUUUGGCGACACCAUCAAGUCCCUGCGUAACAUAUUUAUGAUUCUCCUGCAGCGUGACCCGGGUUUCCUUGCGUCUGAGAUACUGCAGGUGCUCUUCUCCCUCCUAUGGGCCAAUGAUGCCCAGCUGACGGAGUUGGGGCGGAGGUGCAUUGCCAGCAGCCUCGACUUUGAGGAGGUGUACCCAACAUACGCGAAGGUCAUCCGAGACGCGGAACCCUCGUUGCUGACGAAGCUGCUGCCGCUCUUCGCGGCGGAGCUGCUGUCACCGGAGGUGUCGACGGACGCCAAACACGAACGCCGCGUGUGGCUCUUUCAACACGACUGUGUCAACGCCGUGAUUGCCGUCUUGGAGCGUGUGUUGCUUGCCCCGCACACCGUGGUGUGCUUUCCGCGACUCAUUCGACAGCUGUUUUGUUUUCUUUCCGUGUCAGAGUCGGCACAGGGGCGGGAACCGCGGCUCGCGGAUACACAACUGACACAUGUGUUCACAAAAAACCUUCCCUGCGUGGAGGGGGCGGAGUACCUCAUCCUCAUUGCCCAGUCCGUCCUUGAGGCCGCCACUUCAGCCUUUGACAAGUACCGAGACCACGCACAGCGGGUCAACACACACGGGCUUUUUGCCCUCUCGGUUCCGAAUUGCUCAGUGGAAAAGCCUGUGUUCAUCGAUCUCCUCCCACCGCUCUUGCAGUAUGCACAUGCGCACGCCAAGGACCUCGAGAGCGAUCUUCUUUCUGCCCUGCACCUCAUCCUAAAGAUGACAACGAAGGUGCACUCCAAUGCGCUUUUGGCGUGGGUGCUGCAGGGAAAGCAGACGGCGUUGCUGCCAUACUUAGACCUCGAUGCAGCCGCAGCAUACAGUGUCCUGCCGUACGUGGGUGACCGAGGCGAGAUUGAGCCUUUCUGGACACCCAUUCUGCAGGAGGCCCCGGAGCGUGCGGAGUUGCGCUUUAGCUCCGCGGGAGGUAUUGCUGUGACGCUGGGACGCUGGCCGGAGAAGGGGUUCUCCGUCUCUGCGUACUUUCGCUUUGAGGAAAUAUAUAGCAAUAUACAACUGUUUGAGUUUCUCGAUGGGGAGGCUUCGUUACCGCCGCUUGCAUCCAUCCGCAUUGCGGGCGGCGACAGUGUAAUUAUUCUCCAUGAUGGGAGGCGGGUGCCGGUCAACGAAAGCCACGCGCUGCCAGAUCUCGCACCGCAGCGAUGGGCGCAUUUUCUCGUCGUCAUGAGCGUGGCACACACCGUCAGUGUGUACCUUAACGCCAACAAAGUUGGGACCUGCACACUCCCCUACUUCCGCCCACACUCAGAGGUGACGAUGCACGUCGGCUUUGUCAAUGCCCCCGUGCACGAUGCCCUCUUCUCGAUUGGCGGGGUCGUGCUGUGGGAGGAGGAGCUGACGGCGCCGCAGGUGGAGGCGUACGCUGCCACAACGGAAUAUCAACCAAAUGUCUGUAAAAUUCUAGAACGUGAGAUACCACGUGAGCUUGCGGAGACUCACGAGGCGUUGCCCAUUGAGGACCGCAUCGCCAUGUUUGUCCCCUACGAAACCCGUGAUUCCCUGCUGGUUAACAUUCUGCAGAGGACGUCGAAGAGCUGUCCUAUUAUGGCCAAGCUCACUGGAAACUACGCAGUGGCGCCGAAGAACUGGAUUGACUACCGCGACCUCUUUUUAAGCCAGGGUGGUCUGCAGCACCUGCUCGACUGGGUCGCUGCAUCCGCCACUUCGGAGGAGUUGGCGCGGUACAUGGCGCUCGCGGCGGACUGUAUGCGGGGCGUCACCAAUGGCGGCACCAUGGAUUUUAGGACCUACGCCCUCCUUGGCUUUCAUCUCCGUCGUCUGGCCCAUCUCGUGACCCCGGACGUGUGUGACGGCCUCCUGCGUCUUGCCACGGCGAACGUGAGCGUCAAUGACGAGCUGCACCCUUUCAUCAUUAAUCGACUGGUGUUUGACCACAUUCUGCGAGAUAUUGAGCUUCUUGCGGGGAUGCCGCCAGACUCUGCGCUCUACCUGACAGGGAGCCUGGAGCGACUCUUUACGGUUGCCUCCUGCCGUUUUGCGCGGCGAAACGCCAACUACAUUCUGCCCUUCCGCUUUGUUGACGGUGUUCUUAACGGGUUGGUCUACGCAAAUGUCUCCUUGCCGUUUGCCGUGCGGGCCCGCCUGAUUUCCUGCGUGAAGCACAUCAUGAUUGCCACGGACUUUGAACCAAACAUCGUCCACAUUGUGGCGUCCACCGCGGCGGUGCUUACGCCGGGGGAGAUGGAGGUGGCGAGCCAGCUGCAGCCCGCACUGCGCGUCAAGCUUCCCAAGCCACGGUUUGCGGAGACGCGCGUGUCGCCCCAUGGCGCGUGCGACCUCACUCCUUUAAUUCUACGCAGUCUUGUGGAGUGCUGCAGCAGUAGCACGUUCCUCGCCGCCUUUGGACUCGUUGUGGAUCUCAAUUGGUACGCCGUUUGCGUCUCACGCUUUGCGGACGCCUCAUGCGUCGUCUACUCCACUCGACUCUUCUUUGAGGCGCUGCGAUCGAAUAUGGACCUGCGUCAGCAGGUGAUGCACCACCCCGCCGCCGUCGUGGAGGCCCUCUCCCCACACCGCCUAAAUGUGGACUUGCUGCUGCUUCUGCUGAGUCUCAGUGUGGGGGCGGAGAGGCGCAUUGACGUCCUUUCCUCAAAGCACCCACUCCUGCAACAAUUGGUCGGGAUUUUGGACUCCAUAACGCCGUUGUUAGACCCCGUCGUGGCACCCAUCUUCUCCAAGGUUCUCACGCUGCAUUUGACGGCGGCGUUGUCCACGCCUGCGUGCUUCCGACCAUGUGGCGCCAGUUCGGUGAUGCAGCGGCGCCUCUGUUGCUCCUACCGCCUGCACAGACCCUUUGCGCUGGCGCGGGUGUGCAGCAUACUCAUGCUUCAGAUAUAUGCCAGGCGUCUCCUGUUCCAGACGACCAAAGCCGGUGUCACGGCGGCGGCGGCGGCAGGCCGAGUGGCGUCGCGGCAAUCGUCGCCGAAUGAGGAUGGCUCCAGCAGUGACGUGGCGGCGGACGCCACGACGACGUUCCCGUGUUUUGGCAGACAUCGAAGGGCGCUGCUUGCAUUGCGUGUUUGUGUGUAUUUCUGGAAAGCCAUCCAACGCAGGCGAUACAGCAAAUUGCUGCAGCGUGUGAGUGGUGCUGCGCCCUUGAUGGUCGCGGAUGCCGACUCGGAAAAAACCCUCUUCAUCCUCCGCACGCUCCAGACUCUCCCGCUGAAGCAGGGUCUCUUUUUACCGUGCACACUUUCACCGUACCAAAUUGAGGCCCUCGCCUUCUUUGGGACCUUCCUGCAGCGUGAGGCCGUCUUGUCAAGAUGCGCGGAAAAGUUGCGGUCCCGCAACUUUGGGGCUGCGUCCUUUACCGCCGCCACCUCGCCGGGGUCGACGAUAAACACGGAGGCCACGGGAAGCAGCGAAGCCUCUGCAAAGCUUUCAAAGCCCUCUGACGAGGUGUGGUCCGCGCUGCUGACGCACGUCACCGGCACGGACGAUGCGGUCAAGCAUGGCGUUGGUGCUGCCGACGCCGCGGCGGAAGAAGAAGGCGAGGGGGAGGAACGAAUACGGCGACAAGAACCACACCGGCAGGGGCGGCAGCAGGAGAAGGGGGAGGAGGUGGCGAUGAGAAAGGAAGCGGUCGCCAAGUUAAGGCAAGAGGGGGAAGCGGAGCACCACGCGCAGAGGCCUACAACAGCCACACCGCCUACAGAACCCCGCAAGCGGGAAACGAGGUCGCUCUUGUCAAAUCCCUCUCCGCAGGACAAUCCAUGCGCACCCCGUUCGCCGUCGUUGUUUGCUGCCUCCGUUUCCACGGAGGCGGCAUCGUUGCCUGAAAGCAUGGAGGAGCGUGCUGCAAGCGCCAGUGAGAGCAAGCUGGAGCUUAUGCCAGGCGUUGGCAAUUCUUCUGGCGCUGACGGCGAUCUCGCUUCUGGACUUGCAGGACUUGUGCUGUCUGUUGAAGGAAGCACGUUGCACUCUGAGUUGGAGGAGGCUGUGAGUGCGGAUGUGGCGAUAGGCGCAUUUGCGCCCUUAACCAACUUGCCCUCUUCCACGACGAAGUCCCUGCAGGAGUCUGCUGUGGGGGUUUUGUCCCAUACCAUUCUUGCCUCACUGCUCAAUCUGCCUGUGACUGGGGGGUGGGUUGGGGGAGAGACAUACGGCUCCUGUGGUGCGCUGCUGUUUCAGCUGAUGCUGGUCACUGGCGCCAUGGCAAAUGCCGAGGAGCUGACAGCAACCUUGACGCACUUCGUCAUUGACCAGUUGCUGGUGUGCGUCGACUUGGUCGAGGGCCUCGUGGAACCAAAAGCCUCUUUUAUCACGUCGCUGAAGGGGAGUGGCUUGGAACACCGCGCUCGACGGGUUAAUUCGUCGCAGGACUCUGUAUCCGACGUAUUCGUCUUCAAUGUCUGUCGGCUAAAUGAGCUCUUGGUGCAUUUUGUUUCCUUCGAUGUGAUGCCGCUGUCGAGCCUCUCUCCGUAUUUUGUUUGGCUGCUUGGGUGGGCCUCCACCGCCUGGCCGCACCGCUCGCAGCAGCUGCUGCGAUCACAGGUUGUGAAGAGCUGCAUCGCCGUGCUUAACCGGCCCUCACUCAACGGAGUCACCCCUGAACAGAUGGAAAUCGUUUACAUGCUCUUGGGCCGCGUGCUCUGCCCGCAGUGGAUCAUGAAGGACAUGCUUGAGUGCUUACUGCGGGUGCUCCUCCGUCUAUAUACAUCGCUGCCGCCAUCCUCCAUGAAUGAGGCGGACGCGCGGCGACGGAAAGAGCUUGCCAUUUUGACUCUGCGCCUUAUGAUGCACACGUACGGAGGGAGCAAGGAGCUAAUCAAGGCACUCUCUGCAAGUGCGCUGCGGCAACGCAUUUCACUGUACAAGGAGUUUGCGGCAGUCCUCCUUCUACUGGAUGAGGCAGCGGCUGUUGCCGCCUUUGAGGCGUACUACCAAGAGAAUAUGACUACUGUUGACGGCGUUAUGUCCGGUCGGCCCAAGACAAAGGCGGAUAUCGCGUACAAAUCCAUGCUGAAGGACCGCAGUGAGUACGUGGAGCGCAUUAACAAAUUCAAGGAGGCCUACAGCAAGACGAUUGAGGUCGGGGAUAGCUACCGACGAGCGGAGCUUGUUCAGGUGUACACCGCCCGCUUCUCCUCCUGCGUCGGACACAUCUCUCCACUGAAGCCGUGUCAAUUGCAUUGGCUCGUGACAGAGCAGUGUUCCCUACAGCAGGCCAGCCCCUGUGUGCGUGCGCUGAAUUAUUUAGAUUCCCGCUGCAACUACACGACGGUGUUAUCAGAUCGUUUUACAGAGGACACCGCCUCCCUGGUGCCUAGCGCAGACAACUGUGAGCAGCAGCUCAACCACGUCUCCGCCUUGGUGCAGCCCUUUGCUAUGCGUUGCCGACCCUAUCUCUUGCAUAGCUCGGCCCCUUUUGUGGACAGCCGCUGCCGGGUGAGUCCUGCCGCGGUCUCACUGCUGCGAUACCUGCUCGAGCCGAAUGAGGUUCUGCGGUUCAUCAGCAACGGGUUCCGCAUCAAGGGCAUCCACGCCACCCCGUGCCUUAUCCUUCUGACUGACACCACGUUGAAGCUGAUCGGGUUCUCCCGCAUUACGGUGGCGGGGGACAUUGUUCUUUGCCAGUGCGCAAACGAAGAGGCAGGUGAGCCAGCUUUCCCCACCACCGGCAGUGUGGCGAAGAGUUCGAAGGCCAAGGGCGGUUACCAGCUAACUGCAUCGAGCUUCGCACUCUCCAUGACGAGCAAGCUGCAGCGUUUUCUCACCGACGGUGCUGGAAAGGAGCGACGGCGGCGUGAGAGGGAGGAACUCCAUGAUGGGACCAAAAUUGCACACUCGGUUCGACAAGCAUCGGGGAAUUCAUACCGGGACCUGUUUUGGGUGUAUUUACUGCAGAAUUUCCGUAGUGUGCGCAUGGCGUACUACAUGCAUCAGGACACCGCCAUUCUUUUUAAACUCAUGUACGCCGAUGGACCAAUGCUGUCGUUGGUAGACGCACAGCAGUCGAUGAAUACGUCUGCCCGGGACAAGUUUCUGGAAGUCUUGAAGGAGGUCCUCGGCACACAACGCUGCAAGUUUCAUGAGCACGCACAACGCGCCGCGAGGAUUCGGUCGAUGCUUAUCCGCUGGGCAGCAGGCUCAGUCUCCACCUACGACUACCUCACUUUUCUCAAUCGUGUGGCGGGCCGUACGAGGUUGGACUUUAACCAAUACCCCAUCUAUCCAUGGGUGCUUGCCGACUACAAGUCAAGCGAACUUGAACUGGACGCCGCGAAGACGUACCGUGACCUCUCCCUUCCCAUGGGGGCUCAGACAGAGGAGCGACGCCAGAAGGUGAUGCAGGUAUACCAGCAAAUGGUGGAGAUGCAAGAGACGGCGCCGGAGGGCGAAAGUGUCCAGCCAUUCCAUCAUGGGACGCACUACUCGACAAGCGGAGGGGUGUUACAUUUUCUCAUUCGUGUGGAGCCCUUCACAACAUUUGCCCGCAUCUUCCAAGGUGGCGAGUUUGACGUAGCCACACGUCUGUUUGACUCUGUGGAGGCCUCCUUUCAAUCGUGCGUAAAUGGCCCUACCGAUUGUAAGGAGCUGGUGCCGGAGUUCUUCUUUGAUGGCAUGUUCCUUGUAAAUACAAACCACUGCGCGUUUGGCGAGAAGUCAGACGGCACGGUCGUGAAUGAUGUGAAGCUGCCGCCCUGGGCGAAGGGCUCGCCGCAGGUGUUUGUCUCUGUCAUGCGGUACGUGCUAGAGAGUGAGUUUGUCGUGCAAAACAUUCAUCGCUGGAUUGACCUAAUCUUCGGUGUCCGCCGCCGCGGCAGGCUGGCCGUGGAGAGUUACAACGUGUUUCAGCGCAUGACGUACGGCGAGGAGGUGCUCCAGGCGCUAAAAAAGUGUGACAACCCGCACGACACCGACGUCAUCAUCGCCGAGGUGGACAACUUUGGGCAAACGCCAAUGCAGCUGUUUCAGGAGCGGCAUCCCGCACAGCGGGAGCUGGAGCCGUGCCAUCCCCCGAGUAGCACCAGCAGCGGUGGAACGGGUGGUGCCAAUUCCACGGCCAGCGGUGCUGUGCGACGCACUGGGCACACCUACACUACGGCCUUUCAAGAGCAAUUGCCGAAGGUGCUCGCGAUGAUUAUGCACGCCUUAGACUCCCCACAUGCAUGGUACACGUUGGAGGACCCAGUGCCAGGGAGCUUCCAGGCUCUACCUGAGUGCCUUGCAGAUGACAUUCUCAUUCAUGAGAGCGCUGUAAUUGAUUUUGCCACAACUCGAAGCGGACUAAAGAUGUGUUGCUACAAGUACGUCUCACCGGUGGACGACAUGGACCAUGUACUUUGUUGGAGUCAUGGUGAGCAUGUGUUGAGGCGGUUUGACAACACGAGAGGUUGUUUCUUGUCAUCUCUGCGGUGCAAUUUGGUCUGCGUCAUUCCCGCGAGUGUGAGUGCCCUUUGUGUGGGCUGUCGUGGGACGCUAAUUCUGCUCGGGUCUAGCAGCGGCAUGGUGCAUUGUCUUAGCCCCACCCGAAGUGAUGGCAUGCUGCUGCUUACCGCGACGCUGUGCCACCACACGCACCCCAUUGCGGGAUUUGCGCUGAACGCCAAAUUUGGCCGUAUUAUCAGCUUUACGGUAAGUGGCACGGACAGCCCGGUUGUGUGGUGCGUGCAGCAUCGACACACGGCGAAGUUGCACCUGCUCGACGCCGCCCUUCUGCUUCCGGCGGUGGACGUGGUCGACCUUGUCGUGGUAGCGGCCGCGGUUGACCCGAGAAGUGCAAAUUCUAUUAUCAUCACGCGUCGACACCUUUUGAUCUUUGACAGGCACGGCGAGCCGUACGGCGUCGGCGCUCUCCCCGGCCUGGACGAGGCCGCGCCACACUUGGAGGACGAAAAGGGGCAGGUUGGCUUUGCCGUGGAGAACGGCACCACGUUUAUCGCGAGUAUGACUGCCGUCACGACGUACGACACGCCCGAGUGGGCCGCUGGCAUGCAGCUUCUUCUCACGGGGCACGACGACGGCAGUCUGUCGCUCUGGCGGGCGGUGCGGCUGCCGCCUGACAAAGUCAAACACGGCCGCAUUGUGACUGUGGAGUACCACGGCCUGAUUGUGGCUGGCAGUCAAACCUCUCGUCUUGGCGCCGUCACGGCGCUCAGGCAGGAGCAGCCCGGCGUGCCGGUCUUCCUUGUUGGCUACGACAGCGGUGCGGUGAAGGUGCUGAGCUUCGAGAACCGCACCGCGGACACGACGAAGACGACAAAGACGUAA